CGUAACUCACCUGGGGAUCCCCCACUACGGGUAUAUAAGGACCUGACAAAGCGAGCGGGUGCACUCGACUCAAUAAUCUCACCACCGAGCACAACAAUGAGAAGCUUCGUCUUCGUCCUGGCCCUGGCCCUGGCCGCCUUCGCUGCUGCACAGGAAUCUGUGGACAGCUACAGCCAAGCGGCGAUUGAUGUGCAGAACCAACAGGUCAACAUCGAAAAUCACCCCCUCGAUCAUGCACUUGCACCUCCUCCUGCUGACCACGUGUCCCCUCUUGCUCGCCACAUUCUGAUUGCCAGCCCAGAACAGGAGGAUCAACCUGAACUUGCCAGAGCUAAGCGUCAGGGCUUCUACCCUGGGUAUGGACGUCGCGGAUAUGGCCGCCGUCAUAGGUAUGGAGGAUACGGCGGCUACCCCGGAGGCUAUGGAGGAUAUGGUGGCUACCCCGGAGGCUAUGGAGGUUAUGGUGGUUAUCCCGGAGGAUUCGGUGGAGGCUACCCUGGCGGUUUCGGCGGUGGUCUGGGAGGCAGCAGCGCUUCAGCUAACGCGCAGUCCUCGAGCUUCAACAUUGGUGGUGGAUUCGGACCCUUCCAGGGCUCCAUCUCCAGCAGCAGUGCCAACGCAAACUCUGGCUCUUUUGGUUUCGGCCGCUAAUAAUGACGGUCUGAUGAGGAACAACUACAAACGACGCGCACUGCCAGUGCAUAAACGAUAUUGCUCACCCCAGUGACUCUACGACUCACGCUUGUAAAAAAAUCGAAAUCAUCUCAUUUUCUAAUAAAAUAAUUUUAAAUUAUUUCCAAA